AUGUCCAUCACACGACCAGGCCAGGGGUCUGACGAGCCUCCUUCAUCACCCUCCUACACACUCACCCAGGAGCCCAUCUCUUCCUCCCACAGCAUUCCCUGCUCCGAGAGCCAGGAGUUGAAGCAUGUGUGUCUUGUUACAGGGGAUGUCAGUCUAGUUACUGGGGAUGCCAGUCUAGUUACAGGGGAUGCCAGUCUAGUUACAGGGGAUGCCAGUCUAGUUACAGGGGAUGCCAGUCUAGUUACUGGGGAUGCCAAUCUUGUUACAGGGGAUGCCAGUCUAGUUACAGGGGAUGUCAGUCUAGUUACAGGGGAUGUCAGUCUAAUUACAGGGGAUGCCAAUCUUGUUACAGGGGAUGUCAGUCUAGUUACUGGGGAUGCCAGUCUAGUUACAGGGGAUGCCAGUCUCAUUACACGGGAUGCCAAUCUAGUUACAGGGAAUGUCAGUCUAAUUACAGGGGAUGCCAAUCUUGUUACAGGGGAUGCCAGUCUAGUUACAGGGGAUGUCAGUCUAGUUACAGGGGAUGUCAGUCUAAUUACAGGGGAUGCCAAUCUUGUUACAGGGGAUGCCAGUCUAGUUACUGGAGAUCCCAGUCUAGUUACAGGGGAUGCCAGUCUAGUUACAGGGGAUGUCAGUCUAGUUACAGGGGAUGCCAAUCUAGUUACAGGGGAUGCCAGUCUAGUUACAGGGGAUGCCAAUCUAGUUACAGUGGAUGUCAGUCUAAUUACAGGGGAUGCCAAUCUAGUUACAGGGGAUGCCAGUCUAGUUACUGGAGAUCCCAGUCUAGUUACAGGGGAUGCCAGUCUAGUUACAGGGGAUGUCAGUCUAGUUACAGGGGAUGCCAGUCUUGUUACAGGGGAUGCCAAUCUAGUUACAGGGGAUGUCAGUCUAGUUACUGGGGAUGCCAGUCUAGUUACAGGGGAUGCCAGUCUUGUUACAGGGGAUGCCAAUCUAGUUACAGGGGAUGUCAGUCUAGUUACUGGAGAUCCCAGUCUAGUUACAGGGGAUGCCAGUCUAGUUACAGGGGAUGUCAGUCUAGUUACAGGGGAUGCCAGUCUAGUUACAGGGGAUGUCAGUCUAGUUACAGGGGAUGCCAGUCUAGUUACAGGGGAUGCCAGUCUAGUUACAGGGGAUGCCAGUCUUGUUACAGGGGAUGCCAGUAUUGUUACAGGGGAUGCCAGUCUCAUUACACGGGAUGCCAGUCUUGUUACAGGGGAUGCCAGUCUCAUUACACGGGAUGUCAGUCUAGUUACAGGGGAUGCCAGUCUUGUUACAGGGGAUGCCAAUCUAGUUACACGGGAUGUCAGUCUAGUUACUGGGGAUGCCAGUCUAGUUACAGGGGAUGCCAGUCUUGUUACAAGGGAUGCCAAUCUAGUUACAGGGGAUGUCAGUCUUGUUACAGGGGAUGCCAGUCUUGUUACAGGGGAUGCCAGUCUCAUUACACGGGAUGCCAGUCUUGUUACAGGGGAUGCCAAUCUUGUUACAGGGGAUGUCAGUCUAGUUACUGGGGAUGCCAGUCUAGUUACUGGGGAUGCCAGUCUAGUUACAGGGGAUGUCAGUCUAGUUACAGGGGAUGCCAGUCUAGUUACUUGAUCCUGCUCUGAAAUAUUUAUGGUCCAGAAGUUUUCAUGCGUUUUGAUGUAAAUAUGUUUAUCAUGAUACCUAUUGUAUCGUAACCUUUAAAUUGUGAUACAUAUUACAUCGUAUCGUGACCUUGCUGUGUUGGUUCACCCCAAGCAAACCAGAGAGACUAUAGGUUUUGUUUGUUUGUUUGUUUGUUUAACGCUGCACUCAGCAAUAUUACAGUUUUAAUAUGGCAAGCUGUAAAUAAUCAAGUCCGGACCAGACAAUCCAGUGAAUGAUUUCAUGCACAAGAACCAAGUGAUGAGAGGUAAAUGUGUAUGACAUUUUGUGAUAAGCAGCAUUAACAUUGACAACAACAAGGGUAAGCAAGCCAGAUGUACAGGAGGAUAACAAAUAGCACACAG